UUUUGACUUCAAAUCAUCCUCUCCCAAAUUGAGUCAUCUCUAUUUGCAUUUAAAGACUUAAAAAAGCGGAUCUUCUCAUUUCAGCUCCCCUAGUGAUUCAUUUUAUUACUCAAAUUAUAUUCUUGUGACGUCACCUGUCUUUAUUUAUUUGCAAUUCAAGUGCCAUAAAAGGCAGUCGCGAUUUCACUCGAGUUGAAGAUAAAACUGGGCGAGUCUACUCUACAACAAAAUGAGCCAAUUUGAGGCUGUAGCGGGUGGAUUUCCCCUAGCUCAAUAUCUCAAAACCUCCCAGGCAAUUGGAGGUGUGGUUGCGGAACAUUCCAAAUUGGUCCAAGGAGCCUUCCAGGCCCAACUCGCCUUCCUCUAUUUGGCGGAGGGUUGUUCUCGGCCUACUUCACAAGAUAGUUUGGUGAGUUUGCUGAAACCCACCAGUGAUAAAAUCAGUGCGAUACAAGAGUAUGCAGAGAAGCACCGGUCUCCGGAAUGGAACAAUCAUUUGACUGCAAUCAGUACGAGCAUUCCUGCAUUGGGUUGGGUUACUUUGACUGCCGUCCCGGCUCCGUAUGUUAAGGAAAUGAAAGAUGCAGGACAGUAUUAUACAAACAAGGUGUUGAAGGAGUGGAAAAAUAAGGACGAGAAGCAUGUCGAAUGGGCCAAGGCUUGGAUGGAAACUUUAGAGGAGUUGCGGAAUUUUGUAUUCAAGAAUCACACUACUGGCUUAGUUUGGGCAGGCAAAACGCCGCCUCCAGCUGGCGGUUGUCCACCUCCUCCUCCCCCUGGCGGUUGUCCUCCUCCGCCGCCAAUCAUCGAUUUCGAUUUGAAAGCAGCAGGUGAUGGAGGUUUGGAUCGUUCCGCCUUAUUCGCUGAAAUAAACAAAGGCGAAAACAUUACUAGAAGCUUGAAAAAGGUAACCUCUGACAUGCAAACCCACAAAAACACUGGCCUCAGGCAAGGUCCCGUGCCUCAACAAGCGAACAAACCAAGUAUUGGAGUUAAACCUGUGCUGGCUGACAAACCUCCUGUAUUUGCUCGUGACGGCAAAAAAUGGCUUAUUGAAUACCAGAAAAAUAAAACCGAUUUGGUUGUUGAAAAUGCUGAAAUGAACAAUGUGGUUUAUUUGUUUAAAUGCGAAAACACCACUGUUCAAGUCAAAGGCAAAAUAAAUUCAAUCACAAUGGAUUCAUGUAAGAAAACUGCUAUCGUUUUUGAUAAUUUGGUUUCUUGCAUGGAAUUUAUCAAUUGCCAAUCGGUUCAGAUGCAAGCGCUAGGCAAGGUGCCUACGGUUUCCAUUGACAAAACUGAUGGGUGUCAAGUUUAUCUCAGCAAAAAUUCUUUGGAUGUUGAAAUAAUUUCGUCAAAAUCAUCGGAAAUGAAUGUACUAGUGCCUGAAGGUGACGAUUAUGUUGAACAUGCCGUACCAGAACAAUUUAAGACUCGUAUCACACCUAAGAAGACCUUGCAUACUGAGAUUGUUGAGAAUAAAGGCUAAUGUGUGUGAUUUAAUUGUUUUAAACUUAACUAUCCAGUAAUAAUAAUUAUUGAUUAAGCAAUGAAUGUUUUUGUAAAGUUUUUUUAGGUAAAUAUACUCAUCUGACAAGACAUUCCAACAAUAAAAUACAUAGUAACUUAUGUAGCAUUUAAAUAGCUUGAUGAUCAUGUAUCUAGUAAUCAUUAUUUAUAAUAAUCAUGGGUUGUGGAGAGUGUCUUUGUUGAUAUCAUAUCAUAUUUUUAAAUUUUGACUCAUUUGAAUUUCAUUGUUUUGCUUUUAUUAUUAUAUUUAAUAAUGCGUAUCAGGUUUAGGUUGCAUUUGUAAAUUUGUAUUUCACACUUUGUCUUGUGACUUAUUGUAUUAUUAGUUAUAGUCCUCUGCCAGACUUCCUAUUAUUAUUUUAUCUACUAAUACCUAUGUAAUAAUAGCUUUUUAAUAAAAUUUUUCAUGAAUUUAAAGUACU